AUGUCAGAUCAUCAAGAAAAGCAGACUCUUGGUGUGCAACAGCCGCAACCAUCAAUACCGUACCCUGAAGCAGAUCCCCCACUCAACUACUCCAAUUCCCACCAAAGUUCAAUCGUCGGGGAAGAGGAAUUCAGAUAUCCAGAUGGAGGCACUACAGCCUGGUUGCAAGUCCUAGCCUCACACUUGAUCAACCAAAUCGCCUGGGGUUACCCCUCCUCAUACGGCGUCUACCAACUCUACUACACCACCACCCUCAACCUCCCCUCAUCGCAGGCAUCAUGGAUUGGCUCGAUCCAGAUCUUUCUCACCUUCGGCAUCUGCGCUCUAUCGGGCCGCCUAGCCGACGCUGGUUACACCCGUCAUGCCGUCAUCGUCGGCUUGUUCAUGGCCGUGAUGGGGACAUUCUUGACCAGUUUCUGCCACGCGUACUGGCAAAUCUUCCUCGCCCAAGGUCUAUGCACAGGGCUCGGGAUGGGCAUCAUGUUCAUGCCGGGCAUCACCAUCGUCGGCUCGUACUUCAAGAGGCGAAAGACUCUGGCGCUCUCCAUCGUUACGACUGGGACAGGCCUCGGCUCUGUGACGUUUCCUAUUCUGCUGAAUUACACGAUGCCACAUGUAGGCUUUGCGUGGGCUGUGAGGUGCCAGGCGUUGAUGAUGUUGGUUCUUGGUGUUGUUGCGAUUGCGUUGAUGAGACCGCGACUGGCGCCUAGGAAGAAGGGUCCUUUGAUUGAGUGGGCUGCGUUUAGAGAACGGUCCUAUACGUGUUUCGCUAUCGGGAGUUUCUUCGUGUUUCUAUCUCUUUACUUCAGUCUCUUUUAUAUGAAUGUCUUUGCCCGGGAGGUUAUUGGGCUCGCCUUCACUGAAUCUGUCUCUCUGCUGCUGAUUCUGAACUCGUCGGGAAUACCCAGUCGCGUUCUCUCCGGAUUCAUAGCUGGGCGCUAUCUAGGCUCGAUCAACACGUUCAUCAUCAGCAACGUGGUAGUGAGCGGUAUGUACUUUGCAUGGAUAGGGGUCCAUACUGGUCCUGGACUGUACGUUCUGAGUGUGUUCUUUGGCAUCGCAAAUGGCUUCGUCCAAGGCGUUUUCACACCGGCUCUGGCGAGUUUGACUGUAGACCCCACGAAGAUGGGAGCACGCUUCGGAAUGGUCGCGACGAUUGUGGGUGUGGCUUCCUUAGCAGGGCCUCCUAUCGCUGGCGCGAUCCUAGAUGUGUCGGGUGGGAAGUAUAUCUGGGCGCAGAUCUGGGCAGCUGUGAUUACUUUGCUGGGCGUAGGAAGUCUUGUCGCUGCUAGGGUAGCGGCUGUUGGGAAUGUGUUGAAAGCAAAGGUUUGA